GAGCCAGCCCCGCCCGCCUGUGUGGCGCUGCGCAGCGCAGCUCAGCGCGUGGGGAGCCUGGGCCUGCGCCCGCUGCAGCCACCUCCGGCGCGCUGGGCCCCGUCCCUGUCCCCGUCCGCUGACGGAGGGGCCAACGGGGCGGCGCGGGGAGGAGCCGCUGUCGCUGCUAGGUUCUGGGCCCGGGGCUAGGACGGGCGCUUUGCCCGUGCUGCGGUGGCGGGGCCUGCGCGCCCCCGGCCCUGGGGAUGUCGGAGCCGGUGGGCUCGGCGCUGCAGCAGACCAUGGACAGAAGUUGCUGGGUGUGUUUUGCCACUGAUGAAGAUGAUCGAACAGCAGAGUGGGUGAGACCUUGCAGGUGCAGGGGCUCUACAAAAUGGGUUCAUCAGACUUGUCUACAACGUUGGGUGGAUGAAAAGCAGAGAGGAAACAGCACAGCUAGAGUUGCAUGUCCUCAGUGCAAUGCAGAAUACUUAAUAGUAUUUCCAAAUCUAGGUCCAGUUGUUUAUGUCUUGGACCUUGCAGAUCGACUGAUCUCAAAAGCAUGUCCGUUUGCUGCAGCUGGAAUAAUGGUGGGAUCCAUCUACUGGACAGCUGUCACUUACGGAGCUGUGACAGUGAUGCAGGUUGUAGGUCAUAAAGAAGGUCUUGAUGUCAUGGAGAGAGCUGAUCCAUUAUUUCUUUUAAUUGGGCUUCCCACCAUUCCAGUCAUGCUGAUUUUGGGCAAGAUGAUUCGCUGGGAAGACUACGUGCUUAGACUGUGGCGCAAAUAUUCUAACAAACUACAAAUUCUGAACAGUAUAUUUCCAGGGAUUGGAUGUCCUGUUCCUCGUAUUCCAGCAGAGGCUAACCCUUUGGCAGAUCAUGUCUCUGCUACUCGUAUUCUAUGUGGAGCUCUAGUCUUUCCGACUAUUGCUACAAUAGUGGGCAAGCUGAUGUUCAGCAGUGUUAAUUCAAACUUGCAAAGGACAAUCUUGAGUACAUCAGAAACACUAAGGAAAGGGGAAGAUCACCCUUUCUCCCUGUUGCCUUUUACCCAGUCCCAGAACUGAAGAAACACUGCAGAUUUUGGAACAGCAGCGGUACUACAGAAGGGCUGCCAUGGGUCAGAAGAUGUGGAGCCACUUGCUGAAGCUAGCCCAGUUUGGCAUCUGCAAUAGCAAUUAACCAGUAAUCUUCUUUGAACUGUGCCUAUGUCUGCUAAUACUGGUAUUUGAUAUCUUGGAUCUGUGAUAUCUCUAUACUGCAUCUCAGGAUUUUCAAUGAACCAGAAAUUUCCAAUGGAGUAUGGAACUUUUUCAGCUUAUUUACUGCACUGAAUAUCCCCCUACCACCUUAUUUAAUGGGGCACUUGUCACAUAAAACUUACUCAUUUUUCAUUAAAAGGCAGAUCUUCCAGAGUUGCUGUGUUGUCAGUCAUGUACACUGCUCCCCACAAUUUUGAAAAGGAGCAUUAUUUAUUUUAUAAAAAGGUAUCAAACAGAUAGAUCAAGCCCUUAAAAAUGAGGGUUUUACAAAAGAGACAUAUUUAUUUCUUUAUUUUUAAUUAAAUCGUUUGUUCUAAUGAUGUACAAUGACCCCUGUGGGACUGCAAGGCAGCUUCUUUAACAUCUUACGAUGUACUCUACGGAACUUUUACAAAGUUAGACUUUGAUUCUACAAAGUAGUAAACCAUGGGAAGGAACACUGUGUGGACAUUAGGGUCUGUCUGCAUAGACUUUUCUGUGGCUAAAUCCUGGUCAUUUGAAGUUUUCCAUACAAUGGCAGAACUAUUGCACUAUUCAAAUAUUACUAGCUCUGCUAUUUUAAAAUGUUCUAAAAAAGUUAGGUUAAAAACCAUUCAUAAAAGAUACAUAUUCUGGAAACUAUGGUUACUUAGAUACUAGGCAGUAAAUACAUCUGCACUGCACAUUAGACCAGCAGAUGUACUAGAAGUUUUAAGCUUGACACUUUACUGUUUUGGCUUGGUCAGGAGAGACUGAAAACCUGAAAAAGGAAGUGAGAUCAUGUCAGCUAUCAUGCUGAUAUUUUCAAAAACUCAAAAGCUACUAGGAUGCUCCUAACUGAAGAAUAGCUUUUCUGUUCAGUCUUAAUUUUUUAAUUUAAAAUGUAAAUCUAGUAAAGGUUAUUAUUUAUAUGAUGCCAUAGUUCUACACUGACAGUUUACAAACAAUACAUAGUCCAUGCCUCCAGGAAUUUAUAAACUAUAUUAAGACUAUAUAUGAUUUGACACCUACAGAGAAUGUCAGACAAAAGGGGAACAAAAUGGCAUGCAGUUAGUUGAUUUUGAUUUAUAAAUACUGUUAUGGUAGUCCAUAUUUAACUAUUUUAUUAAGUGGGUGCAGGAUAGGGGCAAACACCAUAGGCCACUGUACAUUUUUGCAUACAUGAUUUGAUGAUUUUCUAUAUUUUAAAAUUCAUAACACGUUUGAGCUAGUAAGUGACAUUCCACGAUACAAACAGUCUUUGCAUAUGCAUUCUUCACGCUAGGCAUAUGCCACCCUUAAACUUAUUACAGCAUAUAUCCCUUAAAAAGAUGUUUAACGUCCAGCCUUAUUAGGUUACUCAUUACAUCGAGAGUCAUGUGAUGUAUAUACAUCAGCAGACCCCUUCUGGUUGAAUAACACCUAUUUACAGAUGAUUACUAAAAACCACCUACCUAAUCACUUAAAUCUUCUUGUGGUUUGGAGAACCAGAUCUCAGGCUGAAUCUCCUGGUUAUGAACAUUCUAAGAGUGAUCUUUAUGAUUAAAGCUUGCCAUAAUCGAACUGGCUGAACAUUAAUCAUAAAAACAUAGCCUAAAACAUACAUUCCCCACCCCUUGGUGGCUGUAAACUGAUAGGUAUAGUGAGAGCAACACUAGCCAGUUUCCAGUCAUCUCACCUUGGCGAUAGGCACUGGCAAGAAGUAGCAAGUGACGAAUGGCUGUCCUCUCAGCUAUUGAACAUGGGUCAAGAAGCAACAAGUAGGUACACAGCUUGGGUGGAUGCCAGACUCAGCUAUCUGGCAUAAACUUACAUAAUCUUAAAGCUCAUUCCAUACUGCAGUCUUUUUAGGACUGUUUUUGUCAUUCAUAAAAGAAAUGCAUAUUCAACAAAAUAGAGAAAUUAUGGCAGUCAUUGCCAUAGCUUUUCCAGAUUUGUAGUUUCAGCCUUAACAAAUAUUAUACCUUAGUGAUUAACCAGAAAGGAUGUGAUCAUAAUCACAUUUAAAUGCUUCUCAAAAUUUCAUUUGUGAUGCUGGAAGCUUAGGAUAUAAAAGGGUUUGUAAACAUAGUUUCUCUAAACAGAAAAGGAAAACCUAGAGAAAUACAGAACCAUUCAAUAUCCUGUUCUGACUUCAAAGAUGAAGGAGCUAAUCCAUUGUGAGCCUUUCUAUCUUUAAUGAAAAAAAAGUUUGAAUUGAGAUUUCUCAUGCUAAGUUUCAGUAACUUCCAAGGCAAGUAGGAAAGCUUGAGGAAUAUAAAGUUAAUAAUUUCUGAAUAGUACAGCUAUAAAAUGUAUAUAAGCUUCUGGUGUUUUAAAACUGGCUCUAUCAACUCUAUGUCAGAUUAAUUGCUUUAGAAACAGUGCUAAUACGCUACUGCACAGUAUUAUUAGGCUACUGCACAGUAGCAUUGCUAAAAAGAUGUGCAUUGGUGCUACUGUGCAGUAACUCCAGUUAUUGUGCAUAAAUGUAGUACUUGAUUAUACAAGUACUACAUUUAUGUGCAGUAACCACUUCACAUUAAUGAACAUGUAGACGUGCCUAUGCUAUACUUAGAACUAGGUCCUUUGAUUUAGUCCCAAGUGCCACCUAAAUAUCUCCCACAGGCCUCCAAGUCCAAAAUUUCAAUCCUCAAAACCCCCAACUCAACUGCUGCCUAACGCUAUGUGCACCUUAAGUCUGUCAAUGCUAAAGUUUUCCAUAUUAAAAUUUGCAAAACUCCUAAUGCUAGAAGGGAGGGACAGGAUACAGCUGGACCUGGACAGGUUACAGGGGUGGGCGAAUGAGAAUAGGAUGGGAUUCAAUACUGACAAGUGCAGGGUACUGCACUUGGGCAGUAAGAACCAGCAGCAUACCUACAGGCUGGGGAACUCCCUUCUCAUCAGCACAGAGGCAGAAAAGGAUCUUGGAGUCAUUAUCGAUUCCAAAAUGAACAUAGGCCACCAAUGUGAGGACACAGUCAGGAAGGCUAAUCGCACUUUGUCAUGCAUCCACAGAUGCAUCACAAGCAGGGCCAAGGAGGUGAUCCUCCCCUUCUAUGCAACACUGGUCAGGCCACAGUUGGAGUACUGUGUCCAGUUCUGGGCGCCGCACUUCAGGAGGGAUGUGGCUAGGAUCGAGAGGGUCCAGAGGAGGGCCACUUGCAUGAUCCGGGGACAGCAAGACAGACCCUAUGAGGAGAGGCUACAGGACCUGAACCUGUUCAUCCUUCACAAGAGAAGACUGAGAGGGCACCUGAUGACCAUCUAUAAACUUACCAGGGGGGACCAGUGGGGAACAGGAGAGACCCUGUUCACCUGAGCACCUCCCAGGGUAACAAGGAAUAACAGCCAUAAGUUGUUUGAGAGUAGGUUCAGGCUGGACAUUAGAAGGCACUACUUCACAGUCAGGGCGGCUAGGAUCUGGAACCAACUUCCAAGGGAGGUGGUGCUGGCUCCUACCUUCGGGGUCUUUAAGAGGAGGCUUGAUAGUUACCUAGCUGAGGUCAUUUGAGCCCAGUAUUCUCUCCUGCCCAGGGCAGGGGGUCAGACUUGAAGAUCUAGUUAGGUUCCUUCUGACCCUACAUCUAUGGAUCUAUGAAUCUAACACACUAUUUCUAUGCAUGCGGUGAAAUCUCAGUGGUUGUGGUGGCCUAACUGAUGGUCCAGGGAUACGAAAGCAGCAAGGUCUGUGAGACAAUGUAACACUGUACAGCUAAUAGAGAAGAAAAGCUUUUGGGCUUCAGGUGGGAGGAAGCCACUUCCAACUAGCUAUACAGCAUGGUCCAAUAAAAGAUAUUACCUCACCUCACAAAUCUUGAUUUUUGUAUCUUUCUUGACAUUACUGAGUAGGUCAGUAGGGCCUACUUAAUAGGGCUCAAGCACGAACGAGCCCAAGCUCUGAGUAGAACAAUGCUUGGGCUCAUACUUGAGCCCUAUUACAUUUCACAAACUAGGUGCUCUAUCAGCCACGUUACCAGAGAAGUUCCACUUGGUAGGUAUUCUGAACAUACCAGGACUCUAUAACAGAAGCAGCAGCAACAGAGAUACUGCACUUGCUCUCAGCUAUUUUUUUUAGCUCAGUGGUACAAGCAUUCACCUACAACCUAGGACAUCUGCUUCAAUUUCCUCUGUUGGUCAGAGGGGAUUCAAACCCACAUUGCCCACCUCUCAGGUAUGCACUAGCAGCAAGGCUAUAAGGAAUUCUGGGGUGAGGCAUAGAUUCAUAGAUGUUAGGGGCUGGAAGGAAUCUCUUGAGAUCAUCAACUGUUCUAUUUUUCUUAACAAAAAUUAAAAAUUAAUUGGACCAGAGAACAUGCAUAAAAGGAAGCACAAACAUAACUAUUAAACCUGGUAUCAGGACACUCACCUAGAACAUGGAAAAAACCUGUGUUUCAAUUUCUGUUCCAAGGCCUGUUUACAUAUUUUUAUAUUAAACAGUUACUGGAUAAAAUACUACAGAUUCUCUACUUCCUUGUAAGAAAGGGCUUUGGUAACUGACUCCCAAGUGGAAGAAAAUGCCUUUCUGUAACAUAUGUAUCUAGAUCCUGGAAAAGGACAGAAUUUAAGGUACACCCUUUCCUCAACAUUUCUUGCUGGAUAGGUCAGGUCAGGGUGCUAGCUACUGUAAAGUUCACUCUUAAAUUCCUAAUCAUCCCCAUGCAUUGAACAAGACUGCAUUCCAUUAAUUCAGGACUGUGCAUUUCAUUACAAGGACAAAGCACUUGGAGUUACAAUGUUCAGCUUUGUGGUGUCUAGCUCUUUCUGUGGACCUUGUCCUCGGCUUACAAUAAGAAUACAUGCCUUGGGCAACUCCAAAUUACUGAACAGAUUAAAAAAACCCUGCAUAAGUAUUUGAAAUAUUAAUCCCAUUAAAUGUCUGAAUACAGUUAAAUUGGAUAUCAGUAUUCACCAAUAUCCAUUGUAGAAAACAGAGCACUAAGUCAUUUAAGAAUGACAUUCAUUUUCUCUUGCAGGAUCUUGGAUUGCCUACACAAACGUUUAAAAACUUUAAUUCAAAAUCUUACUUUCUGCUUUAUGCACCAGAGUAUAUGCGGUCAUCUAUCAACUUCAAACUAUGUACUGUGGAGCAGUCCAGAUUGACUCCGCUGGAAGUUCCCUAAAACAUGCUAGGCUUCCUCUUAAAUGGUGGUAACAAGCUAUUUCCAAUAUUGUUUUUAAGUUUGAAUCCAUUCUUUUGGGUCAUUAGUGAAAAUACAUCUUACGUGUAUAGAGGUACCAUGUAUUCUGUCAUACUGCAAUAAAGUAUAAUAAAACA